CAUCACAUCACAAUCUCUCCGUUCCGGAUCGGGAUCCUCUGCCGUUCGGGGUGAACGGCAGGGGAUAACUUUCCCCUUUAAAGGGGGAGAUGCACAGCCGCUCAAAUCUCUCGAUCUCGAUCUCCCUAGCUUAAGGUAGAGUUUUAGCCUUAAAAAGAGAAGAGAAGAGAAGAGAACUUAGAGAAGAGAGGAUGGAGAGCGGCACCCACCAACCCCACGCCCUCUUCCUCCCAUACCCGGCCCAAGGCCACAUCAAUCCCAUGCUCCAAUUCGCCAAGCGCCUCUCCUCCCACGGCCUCCGAGCCACCCUCGUCACCACCCGCUUCCUCCUCUCCACCACCCGCCCCGAACUCGGACCGGUCGCCCUCGCCUCCAUCUCCGAUGGCUUCGACCGGGGUGGAUUCGCCGAGGCCGGCUCCGGCCCAGCCUACCAAGACCGCUUCGAGUCGGUCGGAUCCACGACCCUCGACGACCUCGUCCGGUCCGAGCGGGCCGCGGGCCGUCCGGUCCGGGUUCUGGUCUACGACUCCCACCUCCCGUGGGCCCGGGACGUCGGGGAGCGGCACGGGCUGGUGACGGUGUCGCUCUUCACGCAGCCCUGCAGCGUUAACAUAGUCUACGGGCUCGUGAAGGAGGGCCGGCUCCGGAUGCCGGUUACCGAGCCGGUCUCGCUGCCCGGUUUGCCCCGGCUCGAGCCGGACUGCCUGCCGUCCUUCGUUGUGGAGGCGGAUUUGGCGUACGCGUGGUGCCUGAAAGCGCUGCUGGAGCAGUAUAAGAAUUUGGAGAAGGCAGAUGUGGUCUUUGUCAACUCCUCCUACGAGCUGCAGCCUGAGGAAGCUGACUAUAUGAGAUCCAUAUGGCGAGCCAAGAUCAUAGGCCCUAUGGUGCCAUCCUCAUACUUGGACAACCGGCUUCCAUCAGACUCUCACUACGGCUUCGACCUACAACACAGCCCCAGCAUCAAUCUCUGCAUGCAAUGGCUCGAUUCCGGGCCUUCCAACUCUGUUGUUUAUGUGUCCUUCGGCACUGUAGCCGCACUCGACCCUAGCCAGAUGGUGGAGAUUGCAUUCGGCCUUCUGAACAGUGGCAAACGCUUCCUCUGGGUGGUGAGAUCCUCGGAAAGCUUCAAGAUUCCGGAGAACAUGAAAGAUUUGCCCUCGGAGCGAGGGUUGGUAGUUUCGUGGAUCCCACAAAUGGCGGUACUAUCCCACAAGGCAGUCGGCUGUUUUCUGACGCAUUGUGGAUGGAAUUCAACUAUGGAGGGGAUCACCUUAGGCGUGCCGAUGGUCGGAGUGCCGCAAUGGACGGAUCAGCCAAUGAAUGCCAAGUAUAUUGAGGAUGUGUGGAGGGUCGGAGUGCGAGCGAGGGCCAAUGAGAAGGGAUUGGUGGGGAGGGAGGAGGUGGAGAGGUGUGUGAGGGUGGUGAUGGAGGGGGAGAGGAGUGAGGAGAUCCGGAGGAAUGCAAGGAAGUGGGGGGAGUUGGCCAAAAAGUCAGUGGAGGAGGGUGGAAGCUCGGAUAGGAACAUUGCGGAGUUUGUGGCCAGGUAUUGCUCAUCAAAGUGAUAAACUAGGCUUGGCUUUUGUCAAGCCCAUUGCUGUUUUCGAUGGUUGUUCUAGAUCUGUUGGCUUUAACUUUGGUGCUCUAUUGCUUAUUUGCCUUUGGGACAUUACAUGGCAUGAAGACUAUUCCAUGCUUGUUUGUUUAUUUUUAUUCCGACAUUUAAGUUGAGAAGGUAAUAGCUUCGACAACUUACAUUUCGUGUUUGAAUCAUAUUAGCCCAAAAUGGGUCAGCAAUCUUUCUAAAA